AGCCAUGAUCACUAGAGAAAGUGCUUCUCUUUAAAUUCCACCUUCUCUCGGUGCUUUGUGGCGGUGGAGAUGGCAGAGGAGGAGGAGCAUCAGAGUUGUGUCCAUGACGUGAAGUCCGACCCGGCUGGUGUUUCUGGGAUAAGGAAAGUGGGUUCCAGAGCUGAGAUCGAUACUUCUCCUCCAUUCGGGUCGGUUCAGGAGGCGGUGACUUGGUUCGGUGGUCGUGGUUAUUGGGUUCCUUCCAAGCUUCAAGACAAUUACAAUGGUGUGGGAGAAUUUAACAUAAAGAGAAUGGAAGAGCAUGCAGCAGAGCUAGAGAAAGAUCUGAUAGUGAAAGAGCUAGAAACUCUUGAUGUUCUUGAAGCACUUGGGUCAACUAAGAGGAUCGUUGAAGACUUGAAGCGACAGCUUCAUCAAGAAUCCUUGAGAUCAGCUGAGAAUCUCAUGAGCUCAGAAAUCAAAGAGAUGAACAAAGAGCAUCGCAAUCACAAUCCCGUGUCUUCUCCGGAUUUGAUCUUAAUGGAACUGAAGCAAGCCAAGAUAAACCUCGGUAAAACCAUGGAUGAUCUUGUGAUGAUCCAGUCCUCUGUCGAGUCUCUGAACAAGAAAAUGAAGGAAGAGAAAGAGUUUCUUGACAAGACAAGAGAGAAGCUCACGUAUGGGUUUGGAGGAGCGGUGUCUCUAGCUGAGGAGCUGAGCAGAGUUAGGGUGAAACCAGAUGAAACGCCAAGGGAACAGGUGAAGAUGGUUGCUGAAACGUGUCUAAACAAGCAGAACAAGAACUGUCUGAGAAUUACUGCGGAGAUGAGAUUGGUUGCUGCUAGAAAAAUGGAAGAAGCUGCAAGAGCUGCUGAAGCACUAGCCAUUGCUGAGAUAACAAUGUUAUCAUCAUCAUCAUCAUCAAACGGUGAAAGCGAGGAAGAUGAUACUGAUAGCUCAAGAAGUGGGGUUUUGAAGAAGCUUGAGGAAGCUACGCAAGGAGUUAAACAGAGAAAACAAGAUUUAGAAACUGCGUUAAACCGUUUAGAGAUAGCUAACGUGAAGCAACUCGCAGCUGAAAACGCUUUCCGCGGGUGGACAAAACACUCACCUGUGAGUCAAACCCGACGCUCUUUCUUCAGACAUCUGAACAAGCAGCAUGAGCCAGUCAACAAUCUCUCCAAGCCAGUUCUAAAGUCUAAUGUCUCCAUGCGUGACGUUCUAAGACGUAAGCAAGUUCCUAAAGAAGAUGUUGUUGUCUCCGAGAGGCUUGAAGGACAAAGGCGGAAUGUGAAUUUGAGCCAAAUGCUGACGGAGCUGAAGCAUGAUAUUAAGUCUUCUUGGGCACGAGGUGAGAAAGAGAAGGUGCAUGAAGAAAAACGGUUUGUCACGCAGAGGAGAAAGUUUGGGUUCAUACACAUUACGCUUCCCAUGCAGAAACAGACGUUGAAGAGAAAGAAGAAGAUGCUAAGAUCCCAAAGCAGAGUAUUAUAACAACACCACCUUGCUGAAGAAGUCAGCCCUGAGAUUUUUUUGAGCGAUCGGAAAAGUGUCUGCAACCAGCAAGCCUCUUCUUCUUAGAGCUGUUAAAGGUGAAGUUGUUGAUUGACCUCACGUUUGGCUUAUGAGGCAAGCUGGGAGGUAAGUGAAGGCAAGCAUGUGAUUUAUUUUUUAUGUUUUCGUGUUUCUGUGAUCUUAAUAUGAUGAACAGAGUUACCAAACUCUCUGUGAGAAGUACCCUUCUUUCCGAGAUAGAUCAGAGAAUGCAGAUCUUGUGGUGGAGAUUUCUCUGCAACCAUGAUGGGGUGAUUUUUGUUCUCAGACAUUCUCACUCCUUUGUCUGGAGUGAACAUACCUUUCGACAUUGUUAAAGGAAAAGGUCCUAUCAUCUUCAACCCGCCGCAAUCAGCUGCUGAUGUUGAUCAAGUUAAAGAGUUCAUACCAGAGGAAUCUGUUGGAGAAGCACUGAAAAGAUUAAGAACUGAGGUGGGUAAUGAAGCUGCUGUUCUUGGUUUUGUUGGAGCUUCAUUUACUUUAUUUUUUCAUUUACUCUUUCCUUGUAUGUUAUUGAAGGUGGCUUACAGUUAGUAUGAGAGAGGGACACAACAUUACUGAUGAGGGAUUAUAUACCUCUUGUACUGGAAUAUUAUCGAUACCACUGAUUGCAUACGCUUUUGAGGUUCGAACACCAUGCUUUUGUUACGAGUUUACGCUAUUCGAGCAACCACUUCAGUCUGCAUUGACUAAUGAUGGCAUGUGUAAACAAUUUUUACGUUUCUAUAUGAUAACCGACGUUUUAGA